GGCUGAAGCUGAACAAAAAAUUUAAAAUCCUCAUCAAAAUCAGAAAUCAUGUCGUUCGACGGCGAUGUUUUUCAAAUCGCUUUCAUGGUCGAUUUGCAGUCAUAUAAGAGGAAUAAGGAGAACGAGUUGGCUUGCCAACAAGUUGCCAACCAAAUCCGUUUGAGUGCAUUGAAACUGCUGACCCAUUUCUGUCAAGUAUUUUCUCAAACCAAAACAAGUUCCCAUAACUUGAGGUGGGGAUACACUUUUUACAAUUCAUGCUCCCUGGCAUCGCCAAAUGUACGGUCAGACUUUAAAGAAUUUAAUCUAAAGAACUUUGAUGUAUUUGAGAGCGAUGUAGAAGAAAGACUUGAGAAUGAGCGGAUGAUGGAGGAAGGUUCCAUUUCCAAGGGAGUGAGGUGCCGUUCUGAAGCCACGAAAUAUGGACUGAUGGACUUGUCCAAUGACUUCCCAUGGGGACGCCCAGAAAUCAUGUCCCCUGUCCGUCCGUCACGUCACAAAAAAGCCCAACCAAAGGCCCAAGGGUGGAAAAACAUUUCAUUUGUGUUCUCCCAUUGCCCGAACACUGAAGAGGACAUAGGCAGUUUUAUGUAUGGUCCAGUUGGAAAACAGUUUGAAGAGGAUGUGGCAAAUUCAAGUAACAUCAAGGCAAAAGACGUAUUGAACAGGAUCACAACUCCACCAUUGCUCCGAGAAAUUUGUGAUGGGAAGAGAAUAAGAAUAUUCUUGGUAGAUUUGACUGAAAAAGUGGAUGUGACUUGGAAUGUGUCGUCGCUAACACAGCCACACAGCAGUCCUGGACUCCAGCUAUUCAAUGACGUCCUGCAAGAAUUCUCAGGGAGAGUUAUUCCUCUUGGUGCUAUACUUCAACUUGGCUCACCGACUCAGUGCCAGAUUGUCCCAAAUUUGAGAACUGUAGAUGAUCGAACUUGUGCUGCAAAUGAAAAGGUGGCUGUUCCCCAUCUUGAUGCCUUGGUACCGUUUUCAUCAGUUAGCGACCAUAUGAUAGGGAAUGCUAAUGUAACAACUGCAAACGCUGUCCAUGAUGGUAAAGCAGGGACUGGGUUGGUCUUCUUAACAGAAAAAGGCAAGCAAGUUUGUUACCUAGACACACAGAGUUUGUUAAACCAAGGGGAAACUCUCAACCACCGUCUUAAUGGCCAGUUAAAGAGUGGAAAAGAUGCAAAAGUUUCGACUGUGGUACUUGCCGUCUCUGGCACACUGCAACGAGGAGCCCUGCCUCUAGAAUAUUUGUCUAAUACUGAUGUGUAUCUCUGCACCCAGAGUAAGAAGUAUAGCAAAGAGGCUCUCUUCUACAGUAUUCUGGCUGAAAUCUCAAAGCAGAAUCUAGCUCUGGUGGUAGACUUCACAUCACUUGUACGCAAUACAUGUUGGAAAGCUAUCCUGCAGCCACUGACCUCCGUCUCGGCCACUUUAACAGUCAUCAAGCCAGACCAUAUCCUAUUUGUCGAAAAGCUCCUCACGUCCAAACUGAUUGCCGAGUCAAAACAUGAGGGACUGCAGUCAUUCCUGGACAGAACAGUCAAUCAUCUUUUAGAAGGUGUAUCAAUUCGUCAGGUUCACCAGGCCAUGCCAUCAGAUCUGGAAAGUGUAGUGUCGAAUGAACACUCAGACACCAAGAUGCUCAGCAGCAUUUUGGAGCCUUGGUAUCUUCAGGGUUGCAGACAGGCCACCAUGCAGUCAGUGGUGGAGUCCCUGAAGGACGGGUCACUUGGGCCUGGUAGUGAGGAAUUACAAACGAUACGAAAACUCCAGAAGCUCUAUCGUUGUGCCAGUAAUCCAGAUCCGACUCGGGCAAAUCCGAAAAAAGUUGAGAAACAACAGGAAGAAAAGAAAGAAGAAGGAAAGGGUGGUGCUCCAAAGCUGUUGAAGAAUGAAAAGGACACUUCGAUAAGAGCUCGAACAAUGGUUGAAAAGGGUAGGAAAAUAAUGGAGGAGAAGCAGAAAUCUGACAACAGUCCGUCAAAGGAAGAGAAAAAAGAAAAGAUCAAACCAGCAAGGAUUGAAAUAGACCGCUCUCUUGUUGAGGGAAAAGAUUUCAAAGACGAUACUGAGCUGGUUGCCCAUCUUCAAGAAAACUAUGAGAAAGUUCUGGCUGGAAAAUUCCAGCCUGUUCUGUAUGCACAGAUGGCAUUUGUGAUUGUCAACCAUUACUACAAGGAGGGCGGCAAAGCAGACCCAAAAGAAAGCACACUAUCCCUUAUGAAUUCCAUGUUGAUGGUGGAUACCAGAACAUUGAAAGAAAAAUUCAAUGCAAGCUCUGUUGAGAAAGCGGAUCAAGUCACUGAAUUUCAGGUUCAGAUAGCCUUGCAUAUGGAACAAGAAUCAUUCCGUGCCGAGGGCCAGGAAGUGGAAUCUGUUGAUGAUACAAGAAUCAAAGAAGUCGUCAAGAUGAUAAACAGUAUGACUGUUGCCUCUGAUGAUAGUAGUAUCCAAAAGAGGUUCCUAAAUGAGGUUCUCUUGGAACACUACGCUCCAACGAUACCUUUGACAAUGGCAAACCUGUAUGAGGAGUUGAUGCUGCAACCUCCUGAAUUCCUGCCACAAUUAUUCUCGCCAUCCUCACAAAGUGAUGAUGAGAAACAAGUGAGGUCGGUGUCGUCUGCUCGAUCUCUGUCGUCUGUUAGGUCAGAGUUGCUGUUUUCUGAGGAUUCAAGUGACCCUUGGUCUGUCCGAACGAGGAGUAGGAAGGUGAGCCGUUACUCGAGUGUCAGUGAUAUGGCUAGUAACAAGCAGAUCAUGAUGCCAGUUGCUCAAAAGUCUCGCCGCAGACGAUCGGGAAAGCGCUCUAAGAAGGAAAAGUUGCCCCGAGCCGCUUCCAGUUCUGAUAUCCCAAUCAUGGUGGCUGAGACAGUUGAAAAGAAGAAGGAAACGGAAACAGAAGAUGAUUCAGCAGACGUAAAGAAGGUUCGUCGUAAUCUGUUCAUGGGCGGCCUCAGCGCUGGAAGUGAGCGCCUCCUGGAGAGAAGGCAGUCCAUUGCUGUCAUGGAGAAUGUUGCACACGUCAGGGAGAGCCCUCCAAAGAAAAAAGUUCUUAAAACUCGGACAGUUGCUGAAACACCCGAACACAAGCAAGUGGGAAAGUCAUUACGAAAUAGUGAAAAGAUGGAGAAACUGGCAAGACGAAUGAGUAUGAAGUCUGAAGUGAUGGUUGUGGAAGAAUCGCCUGAAAAACCAAUGCGAGGUGCUGCUGUGCGAAAAAGUCCCAGACGAAUGUCAAUUGCGCCAGCCCUCACAAGAAAGAGAUCCUUCUACUCUGAUCAUCCCAGUAAGAAGUCGAGGAAUGUUGAAAAGUACAGAACUGUAACCAGAGAAUUCAGAUCCCCUGAUAAAGUAGUCAAGGAACAUGCAAAAAGCAUUCUCUUUUCUCAGUUUGGCAGCCCAAGUCCUGGAAAGAAAAUAUCAGGCUCGCCAAAGGUUACACCACGUCGAUCACUAAGACUAUUUUCGCCUGAAAAGGAUGAAAUUCGGCCAGAAAUCCUGCCACCGAAACUCACUCCACACCGCACAUCUGGUGUGAAGAAACGAUUACUUGGCGUCAUGCAGGAGUCGCCAAAGAAAACUCCAGUUAAGUCUCCUAGGAGACUUACGUCCCCUACUAGAUACGCUCGGGAUGAAUCUGUGUCAACUCCCAAGAAAUCACCAUCAAGUACGCUAGUGGUUCCCGAUUCAUGUUUAAAAACGCCACAACGAGUAAUUUGGUCUGAACCAAUAGAAAUGGGCCCUCACACUCCAUGUAAAACUCCAGAUAGGCCUGAAUCUAUUCUCUCUGGUGGGAAGAAGACCCCAAAACGCCGAGGUCUGGAAAUGCAUGCUGCACCAUAUUUCACAAGGACAAGGACACCGAAAAAGGAUACUUCAGAAUCUGUGGAUGAACUCAGAAGAAGCAAUGGUAGAAGGGAUCUGUUUGGGCUCAAGUCCGCUCAAGACCAAUCAAGUCAACCGAUCACUCCUGGCAAAACUGUGGUUUUUGAAUCUAAAUUCAGCACACCGCAAAAGAAGGUUGUAGAAAUGAGUAGCCUUUUGUCUCCUCGGACUCCAAGGAGCAUUUUGAAGUCUAAAACCGGAAGUUUUUCAUCUCCAGUUGCAGAUGGUCGCUCUCCUGUUCGAUUUGCUAAGAGACUGUGCCUGGAGUCCCUUGGAUCAGAUAUACAGACACCAACUCUGAAUGGUGCUGAAAACUCUCCUCAGAAACCACUUGCAUUUUGUGUUGAAGAUGUCAAUAUAAAGGACAAGUUGAUCAGAACACCUGUUGGUGUUAAAAGUAAACAAAAAAGUCCUACAACUCCUGGUCUAUUUGGCGACGACUGGGGUAAAACGACUCCAGAUAAAUUUGAGACUAUCAACUUGGAUGGUAUCUUGCCGCUGUUGGGAAACAGUCCUAUUGUGAUGAAGACGAAUCAUCUGAGUUUCGGGGACGUGACACCUGAGAGGAUGCUAGCAAAGCCAGCAGAUGUUACUCCACAGUCGAAUCCGUUGAAGAAGACUCCAGAUUCCUUUGAUAAGUGGAAGCGGAAAAAGAGGCGGAAGAGUGUUCAACAGUCUCCUACAGGAGAGCAACUGAAACUGGAGGCAGAAAGUGCUGAACCGCCUGAAGAGAGUAGGUCGCCAAAGUUGAAUCGUAAGGUGCGCAAACACAGUCGAGUGUCAAGUCCGAAGGGAUUGGAUGGUGUAACAGUUAUUGAAUACGCGGACCAAAAAUGCAGUGCUGCACAAGAGCGCGUGGCAUCUCCUGAUACUGAAUCUGUAGACUCGGUGCUUCUCCUUACUCCAAGUUUCAAAUCUGCUAGAAAUUCAUUGUCCUUGAAAGACACAGAGGAACUGAUGGAUACAACGAAGGAUAACAACAGUUACUCAAAAAACUAUGAAAAAGCAGACUCUGUCUCAGGUAAAAGGGUGCAGCAACAGGAAUCUCCUAUUGUCCGUGCUGACGAUCUUAGCCCAGAGUGUCUGUUUACACCCCAGAGAUUUACCCGAGGCCUGUCAAAAGAGACUGGUCUCACUCCGGAGCUUUUUACUGAUAUGUCUACCAAGUCCCCAAGAAAGAGACUUGCCAUUGGUUCUGUUGGUGCUUAUGAUAAGGUUAAGGGUUCUGGUAAACGUAAAAGGCUGGGCGAGGUAUUAAAGACUGGUGAUUUGCCUGCAGGAUUAGCUUGUCCUUGGCAAGGGGCAUUGGAGGCAAGAAAUGGAGGAAAAGGUAAACCAGAACUGGUUGGGACACCAACAAAGCGGCGACGUGUACUUCGAGGUGAUGGUCAGAGUGUUGGUUUUCCUUCUUAUGAGGAAUCUCCGGUUUCCCAAAUGCAGAGCAUCAGUUCUCAGGUGUCGUGUCCUGAUUAUUUCUCAUCUGAAAAUGAAGAUGUCUUCUUAUCAAAUGGUCAAGAACAGUUUCGAUACAUUGAUGAGACAACCUGUGGAUUCAGCAGUGAUACUUCGUUCACUAAGAAAAGUCAAGGAACACCAUCAGGUUACUUGCGUCAUUCGCUAAGUCUUUCCGGAGUUCCAUCAGGUCUCUCAAAUUCUAUCAAAACUUCUCAUACCCACGGUGCUUCAAAUCAUUCUGAGGAUUCCAAUGGCCGGAGGGAGCUGAGAAGCACACUGUUACAUCAGACCCACAAACCUUCUAGUGCCCAAGGCAUUUCUAAUCACUCCGAGGAGUCCAACAGCCGACAAGGGCUGAGGAGCUCGCAACUAUCUCGCUGUUCCUCUGGGUCCAUGCUUCUAGGAGGAAGUAAUCUCUCCCAGCAAGAUGAGGAGAGUCUUGAGGCUCUGUCAGUGAUGUCAGAAAAUGUCCAGUCGCCGAGAAAAUCACUUUUCCAUCACCAGAAACUUGUUGCAGAGUCUAAUGUGCCCGUUUCACCCUCUCAUCAUCGCGUUGAGGCAUUACGAAAACUUAACAGAUUACCACGUAGUCCAACCCAUUCAAAUCCAAGCCCGCAAAUGGAAGAGGCGGGUUUUCCACAUUACUCAGUAGCUGAACAAUCCGACUCUGAAAAGGAGUCGCCAAAGAGUACCGCAAGUGUCCCUAAGAAAUAUUCUCCCAACAUUACUGCCCGAGCUCUCUCUCACUUGCUACAGUCUCCAAUUCUCAAAUUACAUGAAAAUCUGGAUUUUGAUUUGUGUGAAAAAACAGACACGGCAGUAAGAAGUCAACCAAAGGAGAACUGUGCUCAACCCGAAACCAAACGCAGUAGCAGACGCUCCUUGUAUAGAACACAAACUAAAAGUGCCAUUUGAAUUGCAAGUCCACUGACUCCUGUUUGGCUCAUGCUGGUCUAAUCUGUUGUCUGUGAUUCUAUAAACCCCCUUCACUUCACUUCACUGUUGACGAAUUGCUAGGUAGACUACUGGCUCAAUUGCAAGAAGAACAAAAACGGAUCUGUAUGUAUGUAUGUAGAGAGUACUCGGCACAUCACUGGGUGUCUCAUACAACCCAGGUUGUACUAAGAGAUUGUGUCAUGGCAUGUUCGAGAACAAUAGGAUCUUGGUAAGCAUACGUUCAGGCUGGGACUUCCUCCGGGAUAAAUUUCAUUUUGAUCGCUUGUUCAGAAAAUGUAUGAUGAAUGUAUGUU